UAACUAACCUAUUUUGGUACUAUUAUCGUCUUAAACCUGGUUGUAUUCCUCGUCGUAUGUUUUUUAUUACCUUGUUUGUAUCACAGGCUCAAUUAUUCUUUGCGUACGCUUACAUGUGUACUCUUCCAGUUGUUGAUUCUAUGUUUAAUUUUCUUCUUGGUACGGUUUUGUCAAGAACAAUUUCUUCAUUCUUUAGUAAAAAUGAUUUUGCAGAUUUCCUAAUGGCGGUCGAAGAUAAAAAUUCAGCUAUAGUCGAAACAAUUGAAUGCAUUCGAAUGCAAAGUGAUGAUGGUGAAGCUUUAAGAGAUUUUGAAAUUAUACCUAUUAGUGAGAACGAAAAUGAUGAUAGUACAACAAUUGUUACCCCGAUUGAAGUUGGGUUUUUUAAAAAAUUGAUUGCAUUUUUCUUUUUUCUUAAUAUUGAAAAUGGAAAAUUUGUGUAUAAAGUUAAUUAUUUGGAUGCACGUAAUUUGAAUAUAAAAGAAAGUAUAGAUGUUUAUGUUGAAAACGGUUUCUUAAAGUUAGAAGCAGGUCAAAUAAUUUAUGUCGGGAAAAAUAAGCUCAAAAGAUGUAUUAACUUAACUGAUCACUGGCCACUCAAGAUUGAAUAUGAAGUUAUUGAUAUAGUUGAUCAUGGCUUAUUGAAAAUCGUAAAAUCAGAUUAUGGUUUUAAAGUCGUUUAUAUGAAAACCCCUGAAGCAACAAAAUUUAUAGAUUUAACAGAACAUGGAUUAUUGAAUUAUAUAGUUUAUGGUCAUAAAAAAG